AUGAACUCUUUGCAGGUUCCGCCGCCUCUGGUAAGCAUGGACGGUUUUUCUAACUCCUUGAUAUAUGACGACACCUUGCACGUCGCGUACCGCGGAUUCGGUCCCGACUUCGUUGCGAGCGCAUUGGUCUGCAUGUUCGGCCGCGGCAUGGAGUUACAAAGAGCGUGUAAUAUGGCUGCUGACUGGGCGCGGUCGCACAACUACUAUCUGAGCAUUGACGAGUUUUCCUUGUCGGACGACAAGUUCCCGGCGCUCAACGCGAAAGGCUGGGAGGUCAAGCUCCUUUGCCUCUGGAUGGCUGAAAUCGCGCCAGCUUAUGCACGAUCAGAAAAGGCUUCCUCCGAUCGCCAGUUUGCGUACGUUCUCUCAAUGACAGCUCGUGCAUUGGCGAUGAACAUCAAGAUCCUGGACAAGACUAUCUAUGCCGUGGCGCAUGAGGAUGUUGAUGCUGGGAUCAGUGCCUGCCAUCGCUUCAUCGAGGGCUACUGCUGGCUAGCUUUUGCCUGCCACGUCGAGGGGCGCAAACUGUUCAAGUUGCGGCCCAAGAGACUUGGCUCCGUCAUAUUAUAUGUUCCUUGA